AUGGCAGGCUAUGGAAACCGCACAGCCCCAGACUACACCGCAGAAGACCUGCAAGACCAACACAGCACCACACGUCUCGGUCUCGUAGACUCUCACACCCCAUACCAUAACCCCCACGAAAAGCACGGCUCAGGUAUAACAGGUGGCGCAGGAUUCGGAAACAAACGCUCCUCGUCCACUCCCGACACCGACACCUCUGAAUUUCGUUUUGGCAGCCACUCCGACACAGCGCCUUAUUCCAAUGGGACAGCCAUGGGCAGCGGAUCUACAGGCGGCGCAGGGUACGGCAAUAAGACGGGGGAGAUGAGCGGGCCAGAGCCAGAUUCUCUCUUGGGGAAGGUAGUGGAAAAGGUGGGUGGUAUGGUCAAGAAUGAUAAGAUCGAGGCGAAGGGGAGGGGUAUGAGGGAGAAGGAGGGAUUUGGGAGUGUGGUUGAGUGA